AUGGCGGCGGCGGGCGAGCAGCGGGGCCGCGAGUACCUGGAGCGGCACCGCAUCCCCGAGCUGCUCCACAGCCUCAGCGCGCUGCUGCUCUACCACCGGCCCGAAAGACCACGCGAGUUUCUGAUCCAGGUACUGGAAAAAGUGCAGGCUGGAAAGCAAGGUGAGGGGGAGUAUCCUUAUCUUAUGGAUGAGUCGAACCUGACUGCCAUGUUUGAGAUGAUGGACGUUGCAGGUCAAGGGUACAUAACGUCAGUGCAGUACAAAGAAGCUCUUAAAACCUUGGGACUGUGCACAGAAGGCCUGCACUCUGAAGAUGAUGCAAAUAUCACACUGGACACAUUCAAAGAAGAAGUGACUAAAAAGAUGCUGGAGAGCUGGGCUGUAUAUUAGUUUCAGCUGCGGAUGUAUACAUGUAUCUAUUUACACCCACCCACAACAUAGACAUUUUCCUCAAUCUUUUUUUCUGUUUCUUCAUCCGUUGACAGCUGCUGUCCUCUCAUUUUUAAGCAGUAUCCUCUUUCUCAUUUUUCCCACAUUUAGCAAUCAGACUUAAAGAUAAACAAAAAAAAAUGGUUACAAACUGUCUGAAAAUUGCCAUUCUUCUGUUACAAGACUAUGUUAUUUAAAAAGAUGUUUUGGAGCUUCUGCAACAGGAGUGAUGGAUUCAGAGUGUAGCUUGUGGCAGUACUCUGUUACUUGUUGGCUUGUCCAUCCACUGAAUAAAGUUA